AUGAUCGACAUGGGAGCGUUGGAAGCCAACGCCGAUCACAACAUUUGUUGUUCUCAGAUCACACCGUCGAUUGUGCACGAAUUUGGGAGCAGCAGCGGGGGCGCAGAACCAGUUGCGAUUCGCCAUGCAGUCCGGGAUGGCGACGUGGCUGACUGGGACGCCCUGGAGUCGAUCCUGCAGCACUGCCUGUACGGGGGGCUGGGGUGGGAGCAUGGGGAGGAGGGCUUCCUGCUGAUGUGUGAGCCCCUGUUCACAUCCAGGCAGGGCCGCGAACUCAUGUCGCAACUGCUGUUCGAGAAAUUCAAUGUGGCGGGCCUGUUCAUCCAGGACAACUCCGUUCUGUCCCUGUUUGCUGUCGGUCGACUGACAGGCUGCGUUGUGGACCUUGGCCACGGGAAGAUGACGGUUGCACCAGUCACAGAGGGCCAGGCACAGACGCAGGGGGCGCGAAAACUGGGGUUUGGGGGCUCACAAAUCACCUCCUACUUCCAGCAGAUGCUAGGUCAGAGGGGCAUCGAAACGUCUGAGGUAGAUGCUGAGUACCUCAAAGAGCAGUGCGCAGCAUGCUCUGAAACCUCCGAGGCCUUCAGGUCCCUCCUUGACGCCGGCCCCACCUCGCCCCCCCAGCCCAAGCCCACCUCCCCAGCGUCCCCAGCAACUUCUCCCACACAUCCCACAACUGGGGCGGCCACCGCCUCCACUGGCCCACAGCCCUUCCAACCACCCACAACCGCCAUCCACACCCUUCCCGAUGGCAACACGAUCACAGUUCAAGCAUCCGAAUCUGCUACCCUUGGGGAAGCAUUCUUUGACCCGGGGCUGAUUGGGAUCGACGAGUUUGGCGUUGCUGAGGCCGUGUGCGAUGCAGUCCUGAAUUUCGGGGACCCCUCAGUGAGGAGGCUGCUGAUGGAGAAUCUGCUGGUGUGCGGGGGAGGGAUGCGGGUGGGCAACAUGCUGGUCAGGCUGCAGAGGGAGUGCGGGCUGUUCGUGCCGCCGUCGAUGCAGGCGGGCAUCUGCAGUGCGCCGGAGUACAUGCCGGACAGCACGCUGCAGUAUGCGCCGUGGAUGGGCGGGGCGAUCGUGGCCAAGGUUGUGGCUCAGCAUGGUCAUUACGUGACCAAGAUGGAGUAUGAAGAUGGUGGCCCGGCCAUGAUCCACAGAAAAUGCUAG